UGUAAUAGUCCUGAAGUGGUUUGAUGACUCUUUGUUUAUUUGCGAAUUGUAGAGACCUGCAGGGGAACAAGCUAACUGAUCAAAUCCCGGAUGAGAUUGGCAACUGUGCUUCUCUUAUGUAUCUGGAUUUGGAUGACAAUUAUCUGUCUGGAGACAUACCCUUCUCGGUUUCAAAGCUUAAGAAGCUUAAGGUUUUGGAUGGAGUGAGUGAGUCACAGUUCAACCAAGUCUUGAAUGUAGAAUUGGAUCAGAUUAUUGAGCUUUUAACAAAAUCUUUCCAGGCUGGUGGUUCUUCCACAAUGGGUCAGUCUCCUAUUUCAUUCAUGUUUUUGUAUCUGUGCAUCAAGAUAGGGUGUGAUUUUGCUAAAUUUUGAUGUUCUUGUUGUUUUCUCGAGUGAUCCUUUAAGCAUUAUUGUGUGAAAAGGAAUUAUAUGAUGAAAACGUAUCAUUAGUUUGUUACAUCUGUCAAGAUGAAAUAAGUUUAUAAGCUGAUGAGGAACUCCCUGUCUAGUGUAUAUUGAUUACUUCUACUUGGAGAGUUUUCUCUCUCCCUUCCAUUGUUACUGUAAGACUGCUUAACAUGAUGAGAAUGAAUUCAUGUAAAUGGAAUUUUGUAAAGACUAUGUUGCUAAUGAAUAACUAAUGCCAAUGACCUGUACAUAGUCCUUAAGUGGCCAAUUCCUAUGACUGGUAUGCUAUUCCAAGUUGGUCUGAAUGCUUAUGUUCAGCCAUUUGUCAAAAGAAUUGUUAAAUUUUGUUUUGAUGUUUCUAUGCCUCUCUUUUGGACAACAGACUUCAGUAGUCUAUGCAUUGUUAUUGUGUUUACUU